ACAGCCAUGAUACCACCUCUACAUGCUACGCACUCAUACCCUUUCAACCCCCAAAAUCAAGAAUUAUUCUCACAAUUUCUUUCAACGGAAUAUGGGGGUUCCGAUUCUAGCAGCGGCGGCGAAGGAUAAUCUGAGCGAUAAAGCGGCGAUGAUGAGAGACUCGCUGCACAAGAGUCAAUCAAUCACAGACAAAAUGGUUUCCAUUCUGGGUUCUUUUGACCACCGUCUUUCUGCCCUAGAAACCGCCAUGCGUCCCACCCAGAUAAGAACACAUGCUAUACGCAGAGCUCAUGAGAACAUUGACAAGACUUUGAAGGCUGCUAAUGUUAUCUUGGACAGAUUCGAUCUUUCUCGCGAGGCGGAGGCUAAAAUACUUAGAGGUCCACAUGAGGAUCUUGAAGGCUAUCUUGAUUCUAUUGAGCAGCUAAGAAGCAAUAUUCGUUUUUUCACCAACAAUAAAAGCUUCAAGAGUAGUGAUGGGGUGGUCAGCCAUGCAAAUAAUUUGCUUUCCAAAGCUAUCUCCAAACUGGAACAUGAAUUUAAACAGCUCUUAUCAUCUUACAGCAAACCUGUGGAACCUGAUCGGCUAUAUGAGUGCCUCCCCAAUUCCCUACGGCCAUCAUCUGGGUCACCUGAAGCAAGUGGCAAAAAUCCUUCCAAUAGUCAUACCGAUCACAUCACUGCAGAAAAUGCUGUUUACAAUCCUCCAGUCCUCAUACCACCUCGGGUACUGCCCUUGCUUCAUGAUUUAGCUCAGCACAUGGUGCAAGCUGGUCAUGCACAACAAUGCUUGAUUAUUUACAGGGAUACCCGAUCUCAGGUUCUGCAAGAAAGCCUUCACCAAUUGGGAGUGGAGAAGCUUAGCAAAGAUGAUGUCCAAAAGAUACAAUGGGAGGUCUUGGAACUCAAGAUUGGGACUUGGAUUCAUUUUAUGCGCAUUGCAGUAAAAUUGUUGUUUGCUGCAGAAAGAAAAGUUUGCGAUCAAAUGUUUGAAGGCAUUGAGUCCCUUAAGGAUCAAUGUUUUGCCGAGGUUACAAGAGGCAGCGUCGCCAUGCUACUUAGUUUUGGAGAUGCAAUUGCCAAAAGCAAGAGAUCACCAGAGAAGUUAUUUGUGCUUCUCGACAUGUACGAGAUUAUGCGCGAGCUUCACUCUGAGAUUGAAACACUUUUCAGUGGUAAAGCUUGCAAAGAAAUUAGAGAAGCUGCAUUAGGUUUGACGAAGCGACUUGCACAAACAGCAAAAGAGACGUUUGGAGAUUUCGAAGAAGCGGUUGAAAAAGAUGCAACAAGAACGGCCGUGGCAGACGGGACUGUUCAUCCUCUCACAAGCUAUGUGAUCAACUAUGUGAAAUUCUUGUUUGACUAUCAAUCAACAUUGAAGCAAUUGUUCCAAGAGUUUGAAAGAGGAGACGACUCGAACUCUCAGCUGGCAUCUGUGACGAUGCGAAUUAUGCAAGCCCUUCAAACCAAUUUGGAAGGGAAGUCAAAGCAGUAUAAAGAUCCCGCAUUGACCAACUUGUUCCUUAUGAACAAUAUUCAUUAUAUGGUCAGAUCUGUUCGCAGGUCUGAAGCGAAGGAUUUGUUAGGGGAUGAUUGGGUGCAACGACAUAGAAGGAUUGUACAACAACAUGCCAAUCAAUAUAAAAGAAACGCAUGGACAAAGAUCCUACAGUGUCUAUCGAUUCAAGGCUUGACUUCAUCAGGCGGCGGUGGUUCUGCUGGUGGUGAUGGAGGAAAUAGUAGCGGGGCUUCCCGAGCUCUUGUGAAAGACAGGUUAAAGAUUUUCAAUCUUCAAUUCGAGGAGCUUCAUCAACGACAAUCUCAGUGGACCGUUCCUGACUCGGAGCUUCGGGAAUCGUUGAGACUUGCGGUUGCCGAAGUCUUGUUGCCUGCAUACAGAUCGUUCAUCAAACGUUUUGGGGUAUUGGUCGAAAAUGGGAAGACUCCUCACAAGUACAUAAGGUAUUCGGCAGAUGAUCUUGAUCGGAUGCUUGGCGAAUUUUUCGAGGGUAAGACUUAGAAAAUAAAGCGUGUGCACGGGCACAAGACCGUACGUAUGCAAUUUUUCAUCGUAUGUGUUUGUAUCUAGUCGAAUGUUUGCUUAGUUAAUGUCGUUGCGAGAGAUUCCUUUUUUCUUUUUGUAAUUUUGUAUAGAUUCUAAGGAAGUUGAACUACGAGUGUUUUUUUUUGUUAUUAAACGCUAUCAUAGUUACUCCGAGAAAGUCAACACAAAAGUCAAAUCCGUGUAUUCGUGAUGUACGGUUGUAAUAAUUAUUAAUCGAUACACAGAUCGAUUUAAAAAUGAUC